CCCUUGGAACAAAACUCAUAAUGGACUUAAAACCCAACGGAUAAGAUAGAAACGAGAGCACUAUACUAUUCCUUCUUUCUUUCUCUGCAAUUUUAAAAAACCACCGCCACCGCGCCGUGACUGAACAAUGGGUUCGGCGGCAACAAUGGCGAUGACGGCGCUCUGUUUCACCAAAUCAAACAAACUCACUUCUUCCUUCCGCACUCUCCCUCGCCUCACCUGCUCUUCCCUCUCCUCUUCUCCUUUCAACUUCAACAUCUCCUUCUCUCCCUCUAACCCUAACCCUAAACCCGACCCUAAACCCGAUAACCCGAACCAAUUUCCCGACGACAGUGGCGGUAACAUGAUCCCGUGGAUUAUUCGAGGCGAAGAUGGAAACUUCAAACUCUCGUCUGAACCUCCUCCAUCCUUUCUCAAAGCCAUGACCGAUGCCUCAACAGCUACAAAAAAAUCAGAAAAAAAACCAACUGCGAAAGCCAAGAAGAAAAAUGAAAAGGAAACAAAGGUCCGUGAGGUGGCGCCGCCGCAGUAUUCCAAAGCGGCACGGAGAUUCUACAAUGAAAAAAUCAAGGAGUCAUGUACGCGUCUCAGCAAGGUUCUCGCCGCCUCUGGAGUUGCGUCCAGGAGAAGCUGCGAAGAGCUUAUUUUUAAAGGCAAGGUUACGGUUAACGGUUCCAUCUGUAAUAUACCCCAGACUAAAGUGGAUCCCUCAAAGGAUAUUAUCUAUGUCAAUGGGAGCCGCCUUCCUAAGAGGCAGCCUCACAAAGUUUAUCUUGCCUUGAACAAGCCAAAAGGUUACAUAUGCUCAUCUGGGGAAAAGGAGUCUAAAUCUGUUAUAAGUCUAUUUGAUGAUUUUUUGAGCAGUUGGGAUAAGAAGCAUCCAGGAGUACCCCCACCACGACUAUUUACUGUAGGGCGCCUUGAUGUUGCUACCACUGGGUUACUUAUUGUGACUAAUGAUGGAGAUUUUGCUCAAAAACUUUCACAUCCAUCGUCUAAUUUUUCUAAAGAAUACAUUGCAACAGUUAAUGGUCUAGUUCAUAAGAGGCACUUAAUGACCAUAAGUGAAGGAACAACAAUUGAGGGUGUCCAUUGUGUACCAGAUAGUGUGGGGUUACUUCCACGUAUGCCAGAUACGCAAAGAUCUCGACUUCGUAUUGUGGUUCAUGAUGGAAGGAAGCAUGAAGUUCGCGAACUUGUUAAAAAUGCUGGACUUGAGAUUCACUCGUUAAAGCGAAUUCGCAUAGGUGGUUUUAGACUUCCACCAGACCUUGGGCUAGGGAAGUACAUUGAGCUAAAUCCUACGAAUCUGAAAGCACUGGGAGGAAAAGUUAACAAAGUUAACUCGUAAUUGUUGGGGUUGUAAAUCUUCCUCCUCCAUAUUCAGAUUUUGACAGCUCUGAAGCUGUUAUGGUGGAAUUGGCCCAAUGCUUGUUUGAUUUGAGCUGUUGAAUGUUGAAUUCUGAUACCUGGUGCAUUCCUUGGGAAGUAUUUGGAAUAGCCACAGAUCACAAAUUUGUGGAGUGUUUGGCAUCAAUGUAAACUGAGGCUCUCGAAAUCAAACAUGAAACAUAGUUACAUAGUUUAGAAGAAUUCAGUAAAAAUUUUAGACAUUAAUGUAUGUAUGUAUGUAUAAUGCUUUGUAAAAUGUAAAUGGUGGUAAUAUUCCUGUGAUAGUGAAUGAUUUUAGUUUAGGCAA